AUGGCGAAAAUUCUCUCACUCCUGUCUGUUUUCUCUCUCUACACUUCAUUACUACUGCUCCAAAACUCCAAUGGCUUCACUCUGGAAUUAAUCCACCCUAUUUCCCAUGAUCCAUCUUUUCCCACUACUAGUUUCUCCUACGAAGAAAGAAUUCAAACGCUAGUAUCGAUAACCGUCUCUAAAAACAGCGACACUGAGCGUUCAUUCGUCGAAAUCGCGAGGCCCGUCGUCGACAUGCAAGAAUUUCUCUACAUGGUCAAAGUCGGAUUCGGAACAUUCAAAUCCAAUCCACCGUUUAAAGAGUACCACCUCGAUCUGGACACGGGUAGUACUUUGACAUGGAUGCAGUGCGAAGGCUGCACGAAAUGCUUCGACCAAACUCCGAACCCUUUCCCCAAGAACAACUCCACGUCUUUCCACCUCGUUCUCGACGAAAACAAGAAGCCCUGUCCCUAUUCUAUAACCUACGGAGACGGUACAAAGACGUCGGGUGUCGUAGCAAGAGAAACCAUUCACCUCAACUCGAACAUUAAUACCAACAAAAUGGUUCGAGAUUUCGUCUUCGGAUGCGGGAUGGUGAAUAAUUUGGACUACAGUGAGCACAAAAACAAUAGAGUUGCAGGAAUUAUGGGGUUAGGAUGGGGUAAAAACUCAUUUGUGAACCAAAUCAAAGAGAGCAAAGGUAUAUUUUCGUAUUGCCUGCCGAUUUUCAACUUAUUCACUAAAUCAAGUCCGAGAACGUAUCUAAGAUUCGGCGACGAUAUAUUAUCACAAACGAGAAACGCAACCACCACGAAGAUUAGUAAAGUGAACGGCAACGGGGCGUACUACAUCAACAUGCAAGGAAUUAGCAUUGACAAGAAGAGACUAAACAUCAGCAAAGAUGUGUUUGCAUUGAAAUUCGACGCGAAAAUCAACGGCUAUAGAGGCGGCUGCAUAAUCGAUUCGGGCACGCCGUAUUCACGUAUUGUGGGCCCCGCGUACGAGAAACUGAUACAAGGGCUCGAGAGCUACUUCUCCAAAGACAAGAACUUGAAGAGGGUAAGAACCGGUAACGGUUUGGAUCUUUGUUACGUACGAGGAAAGGCGGAAGGGUUCCGGAACCUUCCGGAAGUUACGUUCCAUCUUCAGGGUUCGAAGUUAGGGUUUGUUGUGAAGCCCGAGGGGGUUUUUGAAGUUGCGAAAAAACCGAGUAAUAAGUCAAUCGAGUACUUUUGUCUUGCUAUGAUGCGUUCGAAAACUCAAAGAUCGACUCUCGGAGCUCAACAGCAGAUGAAUCAGAGGAUUGUGUAUGAUACUUGGAAGAAGAAACUAGUGUUUCAUCCUGAAGAUUGUUCCAAGAAUCCAUGA